CUUCCGGGUAAAUAUCCCAAAAAAAAAAAGAAAAAAAGAAGUCCUACACUGUUUGCUCUAAAGGAUACGUUUAAAUCAUGUAAACUAGUAAGCAGAUGGCAUGGCCGAAAAGGGCCCACCAGUUACUAUCAACGAACUAAUUCAGUUGACCAAUGUAGGUAUACCAGCUGAUCAAGUGACCUGGUCCCGUGUUACCAUCACCUCAGACAGGUGGAUUGCUGUUAGGCAUGGCAAGAAGGAGGAAGGAGGGAAGUCCAUGGUGACUGUAUUUAACCUGAAGGAUGGUUCCAUCUCCUACGCAGGCCAGACCAGUGCUGACUCUGUCCUCAUGAACCCCUCAGAGCCAGUCAUUGCUUUAAAAGCUGAACAAAGAUUUGAGGUUUUCAACGUUGAAACAAAGCUCCUGUUGACAAAGACCAAAGUGCAUGACCCUGUUCAUUUCUGGACCUGGCUGACACCAGAGAUCUUGGCAAUCAUUACAGACACUACAGUGUAUCACUGGCACCUCUUCAAAACAAAGGACAGCCAGCCAGAGAAGGUGUUUUGCCGACAUAGCAGACUGGCCUUCAGUGAGAUUACAAGUUACAAGGCUGAUGUAAACCUGCGCUGGUUUGCUAUUACAGGCCUUACGCCUGAGGAAGACAAGAUAUCCGGUCUGACACAGCUGUACAACAUGGACGAGGACAUCACCCAGUGCAUCGCAUGCCACGCUGUGUGCUUUGACACAUACAAGUUUGCUGGAAACAAUUCACGGUCCACUGUAUUCUGUGUUGGUUCCCGAGAUAUUCACAACCAUGGCAAGGUGCAUGUGAUAGAGCUUGGGCCCUACAAGCAGGGGAACUUUGCCCUUCGCAACACGUACGACCACAUCCACUUUGAGCCCGAUGAGGAACAUUAUGACUUCCCAGUUGCCCUCCAUGUGUCAAAGGAGUUUGGACUGGUGUUUUUACUUACGAAAUAUGGCUACCUCUACCUAUGUGAUAUGGAGACGUCCACGUGCCUGUGUUCCACCAAGGUGGCAGAGGACAUCAUUUUUACAUCGACACUGAACACAGAGACACAGGGCAUCAUUGGGGUCACCAGGAGUGGACAGGUGCUAGCUGUUGAUAUUAAGAAGGACACCUUGAUUGACUAUGUGCGGGACACAGCCAAGAAGGGGAACCAGGCAGACAGGCUGGAGAGAGCCAUUAUCACCAUCAAUGAGCCAGGAACUAGCAGGAAACUCCCAUAGUGCUAUUAUUAGCUACUAGUGCUGUUUUUAGCUGAAUAUUUUGAUAAGCCAUAAUUAGACUGUAACACAUGUAUGUAUUAUGUUAUGCAUGCUUUUUUUUUUAAUAAUUUUAUCACUUAAAAACAGUACAUUUCUAUGAACUUUUAUACAUUUUACAUGUAAGAUCAUUGUAAACUUUGUAUACGAGGGCUAUUCUUAAAAUACAUGGACACUGUACAUAAAACAUUUCAUAGAGAUAAUUAUUAUAUUUGAACAUAUCACAGUUAUUUUUUUAAUGUACAAAAUUUCAUUUAGCUACAUUGUUUUUGCCUGAUGUAGUUAUAUUUUAAAUCAUUGUAGGUAGAAAAAAUGGUGGCACCCAAUGACAUAUGUGUAAAACUACCAUUAUUCAGUGGUAAUAUUAAACAGUUAUUUUCUUUAUUUUCAAAUAACAUUUUGACUGCAGAGUCAAGAUGACUUUACAUAAUCCUUGAAUAGUUACGCUCAUCAUAUAUUUUUUUUUUAAAUAUCAUACUUGCAUGAUAUUCACAGCCAAGGGCAUGUUUUUCAAUUUGCACCUUUAUCUGGGUGUUGUUUUGUUGAUGUGAAAAAAAGCUGAUUUUUUUUUAAAUAGCUUCAAAUUUUAGCAGAAGUAUAAAAGUGCAUUAUUGCAUCUGUAUGUAAUGUAAUAUAAUUUUUUAACAGAAAUUAUACAGAAUUUGAGUUUUAUGAAUAGAGCUUAAAAGAAAAUUGCUCCGUCCAUAUUUCGACAUAAUUCAUUUAUAGCGCUCACUUCGAUAACAAAAGCUUAAUUCUCAGAAAGUUUGCUUCAGAUUUGUUUAUUAUCCUUACAUUUUACCAAUAAUACAUCAGUGCAUUCAUUUCUGGAUGUUGUUAAGUCACUAAAAGAUAUUCAUACAACCCCUUUUAAGCUUUACUAUUCGAAAAAUAAGGAGGGCUAUUGUAACUACUCACCCCCGGGUCUGCGUCCACAUCUGUUUAAAGUUUUAAGGCAAGUUGACAUUUAUGCUUAUAACUUCAAUACUGUUCAUUCAAUUCACUUCAUACUUCUCACAGUUUUUCAGGACCAUCACACACUUUGGUGCCAUAACUCCAUACCACCCUAAAUACAAAUUAUGGCCCCUGAUUGUCUUGGGUUAAAGUUUUUGGGCACAUUGUGACAAGUUCAAGUUUUAGGGCAAGUUGGGAUUUUCACAAACAACUCCUAUAUCCUUCAUUUAAUUCACUUCAAACUAAAAAAAAUGUUGAUUGACUUAGAUAGGUUAGUUAAAGUUUAAGGGCAGCUUGGCAUUUUCACAUAUAACUCCAAUACUGUUCAUUCAACGGCCUUCAUAUCUCACACAGUUGUCCCAGGCCAUCACACAAAUUAGGUUUCAUUACUCCAUAUUAUCAUAAAUACAAAGUAUGGCCCUUUAACAACUCACAAAGUUUGGUUAAAGUUUUAGGGCAACUUGGAUUUUAAGUCAGAUCUCAAAUAAUUUUUAUACAUUGGAAUUCGUACUACUGUUGUUCAAGGCCAUCACACAAUUAGGUUAUGUAACUUGAUAUUAACCAAAACACAAAUGGCCAUUGAUUGACUGUUUUAUGCACCACUUACGGGAGGGAGGUAUAUACAAUUUGUCUGUCCAUGAUUCCAUCCAUAAGUAUCAUUUAAACUACAACAUAUUUGAAGCCUUAAGGGAAUGUUGUUGAGAUGAUAAAGUUGUGCACCAGGGGUUUCAUUGCACCUGAGCAUAGAAAUGGGGGAGUUAUGGCUCUUCAGUUACCAAAGAUUGUCCUUUUUUUAAACUUGUGUUUUUCAAAACUCCAAAACUAUUUGACCUAAAAUCUUUAAACCUCAGGGGAGUUGUGUUCCUAGGGUUUUGUUUUUCACUGCACAGUGUAAAACCAGAGAUUGGGCCCUUGAGUUCACAAAAAUUGUAUUUCUGGACUUGUGUAGCUAAAGUUCCAAAUCUAGUUCAUCUUGAAUAAAGAAACCUUGGCGGAAUGUUAUUUUAGUGAUGAAGUUGUGCACAGGUUGUUUUUUCCAACAGCACGUUGAACAACUAGUUUUGGCCCUUGAAUUAGCAAAAAUUGUUGAACUCAUGUUGCUCAUCAUAACUUCAAAAUUGUUAGUCAAACACUCAUGAGAUCUUUCAGGAAGGUAUUUGAUGUAAUUAAGUUGAUGCUCUCAUAAUUUUGAUGCACAUUUAUGUAGAACAAAAUAAUGACCCUCGCUUUUGUGACCUAUGGACACAUUUCUAGAUUAUUAUUUUUCUUCAUUGUUUUUGACAGGCAUUCAUUUCUAAGACAAACAGUGUAUAGUUGAGCACACUGUCUUAUGACAGCUCUUGUUAAACUGUGUGCUCUGUCGAAGCAUUUAAUUGUAAACACUAAUUUUGCCAUUUUUCUUGCAAUUUUCUUUAAAAGACUACCUUAUUUUAUUUGACUACCUUAUUUAAUUUUAUCUUACCAAAUAUGAAAACACUUUAAAUUCUUGAUAAAGUGUAAGGAAAGUCUAAGCAUUUUAUGAAUGACCCUUGUAUAUACAACUAGAUUUUUUGUAACAGUAUCAUGUUGAUGUAUAGUGUAGGCUAAUUUUACAUUAAUGGUUCAGCUGCUUUGGCUUUUAAAAGAAGUCAAUAAAUGUAGAACUGAAUGUGAUAAAACAUAUUUAAUAUGUACACAUGGAUUUUCAACAGUUUAUGUCUCAGUUCAUUCAAAUUUCUCAUCACAGUUGUUCAAGUAUCUUUAACAUAGCAUUGUUUUUUUCACCAUAGUAAACAUGUUUUUAGGGCAGUGUCCUUAUAAUUAACCCGGUAAUUGAUGUUAGUUCAGCUGAAAUAAAAUAAUCAUAAACAACUAGUCAGAAAAAGACAUUUUAUUGAAAGUUGAACCUCAUUUAUUUGUGUUUUUCUUUGUGAGUAUUUAUUUGAUAGUUCUGCAGUAUUUGUUGAGUGUUCGACAUAGACAAUAGGGUACUUUUAGGGUAAUGCAUUUGCUUGUAAAACAUAGGAUGGUUACCAGUGGGAACCAUUAUCGUUAGAUUUUUGUUGCUUAUAUCUUCAAUAGGCCAGUAACAUUUACAAAUGAUGAUCAAAAAGCAUUGUAAUUGUAAUACAUGUACAUUUAUUGAUUAAUAUAUUCAUUUGUUUCACAUGUCAAUAUCACAUUGAUGCAUUACUUUAAGAAGUGUAAAUUGUAUAACUGGAAACGAUCAUAUAUUUUUGCUAUAGACCACCAGCAGUUUACGAAGGAAAGGUUCAGUAAGAUUAUAUGUUCACAUGUUUUUUCCAAUCAGUAUUCACUUAGGAAUCUCAGAAAAUGUUUUUAAUUCAACAUCAAGCAUUAAAUAUGAUUUUUUUCAGAUAUCUAUAACAUUAUAACAGUUUUAUAUUUUCUUCAAAAUGUGCAAUACCUGAUUUAUGCAACUUUACAUUUUUUUUACAACCAAAAUAUUGUCCACUAAGUUGAAUUUUUACCAAACUCCCUAGAUUUAUGGGCAUAAUAUAAGUUUGAUGACCACCUGCCUGGUACCUUUUGGAACUCUUGAGCUAUGGUACUUGAAAUGUCAAAGUUUGAACAAAGUGAUGUUGGUCCGCUCUUUAACUGGACCAGUCCAAUCUGUACAACAAAACUUUGGAAUAUUUUCUAUAAAUGUGGCAUUAUGAUAAACAUUGUUUUGAAUUGUCUAAAUUUAAAUUGAACCGGUUAAUUUAGGGUUCUUUUGAUGAACAUUUAUUGUGCCACCUCUUGGCACCCAUUUCUUGAUAUUUCUUUACACAAAAAGAUACAAUAAAUCAGUGAUUUAAUUUGGAAAUGUAGUUUCCACUUAUCACUUUAUUUCGAAGCUUUCUUUAGUUGUGGACAUGUUAAGAGCAUAAGUGGGAGAAGAGAUCUUAACCAUCUUCUAUCUGUUUCCUAUUCUUUGAAUAAUUGAUUGCUAUAUUUCUUAAAGCAAGUAUUAUUCUAUACGUAUGUUUAUGUGUUAAGUCAGUUUGUAGUUAUUUUGUAAUUAGUUGUUAUAUAUUUAUGUAUCAAUCAUGAAGGAAUUGUGUGGAAUGCAGUCUCUGUUUGCACAAAUCUUUGAUUGGAUUUACAAGUGCUAAUAAGUAUAAUUAGUCCCGUUAUUGUAGAGGAUGAUAUCCUUUAAUUGCUUGCUUGGGCUACUCUUACUGCCUGUUUUAUACCUUCAUAUUGCCAAAUGCUGUCGCCUGUAUUAAUGCACUGUUUUAUUGAUUAUUUAUAGUUGGUAGAAUAUAUACAUUGUUACCUGA